UGGCCGCCAUGGCUGCUGCUGCUCCUCCUCCUCCUCCUCCCUCUAAGCGACAAAAGAAAAGCCAUGGAGAUGAGGAUGGGAAGAAGAGUUCCCCUCUGAUAGUCUUCGCCCACGGUGCUGGAGCUCCAUCCACUUCCGAAUGGAUGGUUAGAUGGAAGGAAAUGCUAGGAGAGGCAUUGGGUGCUGUUGAAGUGGUGACCUUUGACUAUCCAUACAUCGCUGGUGGGAAGCGGAGAGCCCCUCCUAAGGCAGAAAAGUUAGUUGAUCAUCACCAUAAUGUUAUCAAGGAUGCAGUGAAAAAACAUCCUGGUCAUCCUCUAAUUUUGGUUGGGAAAUCCAUGGGUUCUAGAGUCAGCUGCAUGGUUGCUACUGCAGAAGAACUCAAUGUUGCAGCAGUCAUUUGCUUGGGUUAUCCAUUAAAGGGUCUCAAGGGCGCAGUACGAGAUGAAACUCUGUUGCAGCUAAGGGUUCCGGUGAUGUUUGUUCAGGGAAAUAAAGAUGGUUUAUGCCCACUAAACAUGCUGGCAACCGUCCUGAAGAAGAUGAAAUCUGUGAAUGAGUUGUAUGUUAUUGAUGGUGGAGAUCAUUCUUUCAAAAUAGGGAAGAAAAUCUUACAGUCAACUGGGAGAAGCCAAGCUGAAGCUGAAACUGAAGCAGUUCAUGCAAUUGCUAAUUUUGUCAUGAAGUCUAUUGAAGAGACCACCUGAUCCUAAAAUUACCUGCAGCUAAUGUAAUGUUCCUAAAGAAGUAAACUGUUCUAACUUAAACCAUUAAUCCUGUAAUCCAGUUAAGUAUUUUGAUGUUUUGUUAGAAUUUUUGGAAGAGAAAUGCAGUUGAAUGAGAAUUUAGAGAUAAAAUCUC